AAGUCCGAAAGACUUGCCGUUUACGAUGGAUGAGAAGUUCGCCCGCGCUUCGGUUCAGCGGCUGGCUGACACUGUGCGAAUACCUCACGGAUGGACCGUGUGAUUUCAUCGGAGGAGGGGAACGGGCAAGCCGGACGCCAGGAGCCGCGCGCCCGCUCCCGGAGGAGGCUGGCCGGCGUCAGCUCGCCCGCUCAGGCUGCCGCACGGCUCACCUUGUCCGGGGUCAUGGACACCGAGGGGAGGGUGGACGAGUCUCGACUGAGAAUGCACAUUUUCCAAAACGGUGGCGUAUCUCCCACUGAGCGUGGCCUAGCAUGGCGCUUCCUGUUCGGGAUGUACCCGUGCAGCUCGACCGCUUUGGAGCGUCCUCUGCUUCAGGAGCAGCUGACUGUGCGUUACCAGGUGAUGAAAGCAAAGUGGCAGAACUUCCUCCCUUCGGCUGUACAGAUGCAUCUCAAUGGCACCGAUGCUGAGCUGGUGGCUGCAGUGGGCUAUUUUAACCAGAGGCAGGCACUGGUCCAGCAAGAAGCUGACAACUUGAGUGACGAGGUCCGAGAACGGGUGAUGUUUUUGGAGCUGCAAGCGCAGAUAUUGUUUGAACGUGUUACUUUUGACCAGAAAGAGCUACAGGAAGCCAUCCGAAUUAUUAAUAAAGAUGUCCCAAGAACCAACAGAGACCUGAGCUACUACCAAGGUGAAGGUUCAGGGAAUCUGCUGGUGCUGAGAGACAUCCUCAUCACCUAUGCGGCUUUCCAUCCAGAGGUAAGUUACGCCCAAGGAAUGAACGACCUGUGCAGCCGAUUCCUGGAGGUUAUGGACUGCGAGGUUGACAGUUUCUGGAGUUUUUCUUGUUACAUGGAGAAAUUUGCCAAGGAUUUCCGAGAAGAUGGCCUGCACAGAAAAAUAGAGUUGGAGGCGGCCCUGUUAAAGGAAUUGGACCCUCAACUUCAUGUCCACUUGGUCACAGACAGCAUGGAGAGCUUCACCUUCUGUCACAGAUGGCUGCUGCUUGGCUUCCAGAGAGAAUUCGAACACAGUGAUGCGCUACGUUUGUUUGAGAUCCUCAGUUGCGACCACCUGGAGCUCAUUUCCCAGCGUGUAGACCAAGCCCGUUAUCAGGAAAGGCUGGCCCAAAAAUAUUGUCCAGAUGACAAGUGUGAGUCGGAGCUGCAGGCCGUCAAUACAGACUUUACGUUCGAGCUGUUCAUCUGCGCAGCCAUCCUUUUGGACCACAAAGACACUCUGUUGCAAUGUCAAGAUGAAGUCCAGCUGAUUCAAUUCACAAGCAGCCUUCAUGGAACACUGGACUUGAACAGCACUCUGAAGAAAGCAGAGCAUCAUUUCUUCAACUACUGCAAACGCUGUGCUUGGGACUCCAUGAACUGCCGCUGUAGAGCGCACAAAAGCAAAGAAGAAGACUUUCUCUGUCAGCUUUGCAGUUUAUUUGUUUCAAGAUAAGAACGACUGGUUCAUUCCCUGUCACCCUUUUAGAAUAAGUGACCGAACACAUUUAAAGGCAUACAUUUGUUGUUAUUCUUAAUAGUCCAGAGGUAUAAUGUUAUCAGCAGAUAGGUUAUUUCAUCAUUAUGGAAAAGUAUUUAUUGUUCGAAAGUGGACAAACAUAAACUGUGGAUUUUUUAAAUUAUUAUUAUGAUUAUUUUUAACUUGACAUGUCAACAUUGGCCUUUUUAAGGCUUGUUAUAAAGGCUUAAUGCAAUAUUUAGCCACUGGAAGGUGACAGACAACAGGUGGUGUUACUUACAUACUUGGGUUAUAUUUAAAACGACUUAUGUAACAAGUGUGUACGUUGUAGACACUGACAGAAAGAAUGGAAAAGGAGGGAAAUGAUAUGAACCUAUGUUAAUAAUAUAGUUAAUGCUAAUAAUUCUAUUUAAUUUCUAUAUGGUGAAUUGGUAUCUUUGAUCUGAAAAUCCCACAAAAAAUGUGAUAAAAGGCCAUUCAACGUUUUCACUUA